AUGUCCAGGCAAGUAGAAAAUAAAUUGGAAUACUUAAAGCAAUGGACGUCGAAUUCUGUUGGCUUCAUUGCUACUGAUCGCGAGGGCAAAUCCCAAAAUAAGACAAUGUUCGUCGGAGGAGAUGACAUCGCACAACAACCACCGCCUGCUUUAGUAAGGUUGCCUUAUGUGAGAAUAAUUGAGCAGCCAGCUUCAAAAGCGCUCAGAUUUCGUUACGAGUGCGAGGGAAGAUGUGCUGGUUCUAUCCCAGGAGCCUCUAGCACUCCACAGAAGAAGACCUUCCCGACGAUUCAAAUUGUAGGCCAUCGAGGCAGAGCUAUGGUAGUCGUCUCGUGCGUAACAAAGGAUACACCCCACAGGCCACAUCCUCAUAAUCUGGUUGGAAAAGAAGGAUGCAAAAAGGGAGUGUGUACGUUAAAUGUGCCGACAGAUACCAUGACCGUCCACUUCUCGAAUUUGGGCAUACAAUGCGUGAAGAAAAAGGACAUUGAGCAGUCACUGAAAAUCCGAGAGGAAAUCAGAGUCGACCCCUUCCGAACUGGAUUUGGACAUGGCAGUCAACCUGCCACGAUAGACCUGAACUCCGUGAGGUUAUGUUUCCAAGUUUUCCUUGAAGGUAACACUCCUGGAAAGUUCUCUCUGCCACUUCCUGCCGUUGUCAGUGACCCGAUAUUCGACAAGAAGGCUAUGUCAGACCUCGCUAUCGCCGAACUCUCUGACUGCGUGAGUUAUGUAGACGGGGGGAGGAAAAACAUAAUCUUACUUUGUGAAAAGGUGACCAAAGAAGAUAUCAGCGUACGAUUUUAUGAAAACGAAGGUGAAUGGGAAGCUUAUGUGAAACCCAUACGGGUGCACAAGCAACACGCCAUUUGCUUCAAGCCGCCGAAGUACAGGGAUCUGGAUGUCAAGGAACCUGUGAGGGUCUUCAUACAACUUUACAGACCUUCUGACGGUGCCACCAGCAAACCCCUUCCCUUUGAGUUGCUGCCCCUUGAAUCAGAACCAGGCGUAUUAAAAAGGAAAAGGCAGAAGAUGGAGGACCCUAUUUUGAAGAGUCUACAAAAUGUUCACAGUUUUUCUUCCCCUUACAACGAUUUCAAUCCGUAUGGUGGCGUUAGUCCAGAAUACGUCUCCAAUCUGCCUCAUCAGAACUACACAGGACCAGGACCAAGUCAGAAUAAUCCAAAUGUCUUAAGACCGAAUACUCAAAGUCCGAUUUGGAACAUUCCUCCAAGCACAAACUUCGUGCCUCAAUUGUUACAGGGAUUUGACAGUCAGUUAAAUUCGGAUGAGGUAGACGCCACCCUCAAAACCAUGGUUGAGGAGUCUUCCUAUCUUCCGGAUAUAAAGAGUCUCUCCCUUUCGGAUAUUUCACCAAAUUAA